GUUGACCACGGAGAUCUGAGUGUCUGCUGACUUGACCGCAGUAUGUAAAACCACCUUUACGUAGGCCACAGCUGCCUGUCACGCGCAGCCUGUGUGUGUAAAACAGGUGUAAACAGGUGUGACGGAAACAAAUAAGGCGGACUGCGCUUGCGUGUCGUCAGGAGAAGAAGAAAAAAAAGCUCGCUUGUGUUUUCGGUUUGAUAAGCCUUUAUGGCCGCACUCUCAACCUGAUUGGGUGGCUGCAGAAAAGAGAAGUAAAAGAAAGCAACAACAUGUUGCUUAUCUUCCAGCAGGAAACCAGAGAAAGAGCAGCUCGUUCUGUCGACAACGUGAGAUAUUCCUUUUAAAGGUGAGACACUAAACCACGAGGCGGCACAGAACAUGUAAAUGUUUCACUCUCCGGUUGCAACGAAGACGUUUAAACGUGAGAAUCUCACGCGCUUCCUGGUUCCUGCAGAGAGAAAGUAAAGUCCGCGUGACAUAAAAACACGGAUCAAACAGACGGAGAUGGAUCACAUGCGACCGCAGGACACGCAGCAAAGCAAGGGCUCCAUGUUGCGGCACAGGGAACACGGUGACGAGCCUGUCGACAAGCGGCCCACCGACAGCUCGACGUCUCCCACUGACUCGAAGAGGCUGAUCAGAAGAGUGCGGAGUCCAUCCAGACCGAGGGCCUGGCUGUCCAAUUCUUACAAGCCCAAGUUUGGAGGGCGGUUCCACAGACCUCAAUUUCCACGGGAGGACCACUCGUUCUACAAACCCGGCUUCGCUAACCAGAGGUACCACCACUUCAACCCCCGGGGAUACUUCCACCGGAGAGGAGAUCAUUUCCAGCCCAAACCUCACCACAUCGCGCUGAGCGAGAGGGAACGGGUGAGCAAGGAGCGGUACGAGCAGAGAGAGAGCGCCGACGGAAGUUCACCUUCAAAGCAGAACAACACUACCAGACCUUUUGUACCAAGAUCCUCUUCCAGCAGAGAUAACGACAUGCAGUUCAUUAACGACAGGAACCAAAGCAGGGAGAGAGAUCACUCGGGGACCAACAGCAAAGAAAGAGAACGAAGCAGGGACGGGGAGCUUCCUUCAACUGCGAGCCAGACGGCAACGCGAGACAGAGCCAUCCAACAGAAGAGGAAAGAGAUAGAUGAGGUGUACUAUCAGGAAUGUGAAAUGUUUGGCCUUGUGGCAAAGAUGCUGAUAGCAAAGGAUCCCACCCUGGAGCGCCCCAUCCAGUCUGCGCUGCAGGAGAACCUCCGGGACAUCGGCAAGCGCUGCGUGGAGGGCAUGGAGAAAUUUAUAGAGGACUAUGACUCCAGGGAGCCGUCUCACUAGUCCGAGACACACACGGUCUUCCUAGCUUUCAUCCUGCUGAUGAGUUCCAGCUCACUCAUCAGAAGGAGUCCUAUUCGCCCGUGAAAACCUCCGCAUGAUUUCUUCUGUGGCUCUGGAGGAGUUUUGUCAAGCCUGAAAAUAUAACCCUGAUGACGUCACAGUGAUGUCAUCAUGUUUAUUUCGGCUCAGGCUUGGGGGCUGUAAAUCUAUGACAGAAAGCCUGCAUUACAAACUGGAGGUGUGGAGAGAAAGAUGCGUGUUCAUCGAGCAUGGAGGGUCUAAUGAAAGAUGCUAUCCAGUUGCAUUGUAGGACACAACAACUUUAACAAUUUUAGGUAUCCUGAUAAAAAUGUGUUUAUCUUAAGAAAGAAAUACUGGAGGAUGUAUUGUUAACAGAUUUUCUUUCCGCUAUUGAUGUCCGUAUUGGCCCGUACGUAAGUAGAAUUGCUGCUGUCAAAAGCCACUGACAAUUACUUCGUGGUUCUUGCUUUUUUUUUUUUUUUUUUUUUUUUUAACAUCUGGAGCAGCUCCUCCAUUUGCCUCAAUCAUCGAAUUAAAAAUUGACCGCAUUCAUUUAGGUGAGCCAGUUUCAGUCGCCUGGUAUUGUGAAUGCUGGCUCACUGGAGCAUUUGCUGGAACUGAGCCACUGUUUGUUACCCGGCAUAAGCCGGCUUUUUGCCGUAUUAUGUGUAGUUGUCCGGCAGAUUCAAUUAUCAAUGGCCAAAGUGUCUGUUGGGAAAUAUGCCAAAUAUAUAAAUGAUUUAAUUAAUGGCGUAUAAAAUAGCCUAACUGGAUGCUCGCCAAGAUGCAGUGUCGACAGCAUGGGCAUGGCGGGUUAAAAUUCAUCAUGGCGUGUAAAAGGGUCAUUGGGGAAUUUUGGGGAAAUUAUCCCGACUGGGCAAAUUCACCAGUUAGGUGCCUGCCUUUGUGUGCGGCAGACUGGAGAGCAAACCGUUGUUUAUGAAAGGCUAAACACCAACAAAUAUGGAUUAAAGCGGAAUAUUUCGUUAGAUACAAAAACAUGUGAAUUUUAGAAAUGGUUACAUCUAUCUCUUCUCAAUAAAUUGAACAACGCUCUGAUGUCAUUGGACAUGUUUGGAUCACACGAGUCAGAGACGAUCAUAAACAGCCACCACUAUCUAAAUCCACAAAUACUAUUAUACUAGUAAUAUUACUGUGUCCUGAUCUUUAUCUGCAACCAUGUGGAAGUACCAGCUUUAAACACAAUGAGUACACAUGCAAAGAAACAACUGUGCAAGAGGUUUUGAAUGUCUUAAGAGUUCAUUUUGUUGUUGUUGUUGCAGGAACUUGGAUCAUACCGUUUGUCUGUUUGUAUUUUAUUGCUGUUUAAAUGUUGGCUAUUUAAAACAUGUCUGGUAGUUGUUCUAUACGGCCAGAACUCUGACAUGUUAACGGCUAUUUAAAUUAAAUCCUGAACUGAG